AUGAACAGAAUCGCCUUCAGCGUGCUCGUCUUCAUCGGCGUGAGUUCUGCCAAACACGUUAUGAUCUCUACUGAAACAUCCUGGCAGAACGCCCAGACCUACUGCAGGAAACACCACACUGACCUGUCUCCAAUCACCAAUGAGUUGGAGGACAAGGUGUUCAGAAGGUUUGGAUGGAGCACUCCAGGAUGGAUUGGCCUGUAUCGAGAUCGCAACAGCACCAGUAGAUGGAGUUGGUCAAAAGGAUCCAACCCUUUUUGGACACACUCGACUUAUAAUUAUGAAUGUAUCUACUAUCCCUUUGUCUACUGGACCCCUGAUUCAUGGUAUCUCACGAAUAUCCAAAGUCCCUUUCCCUUUUACUGCUUCAACCUGAUAGUGGUUGAAGUUCGGAUGACCUGGGAGGGGGCUCUGGAGUACUGCAGAGAGGUUCACACUGACCUCACCAGCCUGCACUCCGAGACCGAGCUGCUUCUGGCCCUGAGCGAGAUCCACUAUGACUACAUCACCGAGCAGGUGUGGAUUGGUACACGUUUCCUUGGAGACCAAUGGCUGUGGGUGGAUGGUGACCCUUUUGGGUUUACGGCCUGGCCAGAAGAAGAAGACCAAGACCACCAGUGUCCAAAACAGAACCGCUGUGGAACUUUGACCAAAAAAGGACUGUGGGGGAAGGAGGACUGUGAGGAAAAGCUCAACUUCAUCUGCUACUGA